CAUUGCGUUGUCCUUGCGUGAGGAUUGCUUUGCGUUUCAGCUCCGUCGCAGUUUUUUUGUCGCGCGUAUAGAGGACAGCAGCAGCAGCAGCAGCGAAGCAACAAACUGCAGCCAACAAAUACGCGAAUUGUAACUCACGUUGCUACGCAGUAUAUUAGUGUAUAUAUGUGUGUGUGUUUGUGUGUGCGCAUAUUUCCAAUUUCCCGCAGCGAGUCGUGUGCAGAUUUUUGUGUUUUUGACAUUGCACCUGAGCAGCUAAAAGAAGCGGGCGAAGGAGUAGAAGGUGAAGCAUCAUACAACAGCAGCAGCAGCAACAGCAACAGCCCCAGCUGAACCAAGGAACAACGGACCGGCGAUCGACCUAACGGCACACUUUGUUUUUGCUGCCAGCGUAUAUGUGUGUGAGUGUGUUCGCGGCGCUGUUGCUUCAGAACUGCAUGUGUGCGUUUGUGUGUGUGUGUGUGUGUGUGUGCUUGUGCAUGACGUGCAGUCACGUGUUCUAAGGUGAUUUUAACGAGUUCCGUGAUACGCGAAAUAAGAUAAGAAACAACGAAUAAAAGUCACAAGCAACGACAAACGACGCUAAAACAAAAACCCGCAAGUAAUACCAAUACCGUUAUAGUACUCUGCCCCCCUCUGUCUCUUACACUCUUUCUUAUACUCUUUCGCACUCGCAUGCUGCGGCUCGCUCUAACGAAUCUAAAUGAAAACAACAGCAAAUUGCAUUAAAUUUGUUUGCCAAACUGUGCGAAAACAGACGAAAAGAAGAAAUGCACAAAAAUUAUCAACAAGGUUUUAAAGUGUUGCAAAAUGCGUGAAAACGUUUGAAGCAAAUAUACAAAACGAAUUAUAAUUCACCCGAAACUCAACUUAAACAUAUUGCGAAUUGCAUUUAUUUGGACUUUGUAAAGAUUUACUAACAAAUAAAAUAAACAACAUGCGGUUUCUUCAAGUUUUCUAUCGAACUGCGUUUCUUCUCACCUUGGCAAUUGAACUGUCCACGGCACUGCGCGAUGUGCGGGUGCGGGUGCCGCACGCGGUGAGGCGCGGGGAGAAAGCGGUGCUCAAAUGCUUCUAUGAUAUCGAGGAUGACAGCUUGUACUCGGUUAAAUGGUACAAGGGCAGGCGGGAGUUCUACAGAUAUACGCCCAAAGAAACGCCGCCGAUGAAGGUUUUUCAUUUUCCCGGAGUUAAAGUCAGGCGCGCAUCCUCGAACGAGAGCCAAGUGGUGCUCGAUGCGGUAACAAUGCCAACAUCCGGUAAAUACAGUUGCGAAGUAUCUGCGGAUGCGCCCUCAUUUCAUACAUUAAUAGCGGCCGCCGAAUUGGAAGUUAUUGAGACGCCGCACAAUGCACCAUUCAUAACCGGAAUCCGGCCCAGAUAUCGGGUCGGCGACAUAUUGCGGGGCAAUUGCACAUCGCGACAUUCCCGGCCGGCGGCCAAUCUCACAUGGACGGUGAAUAAUGAAGAGGUUAAUCCCUCACAUGUGCGACAUCAUAAAAUACUGCGGGAUGCGCGCAACGAUAUGGAAACUGCAAUUGUUGGCAUUCAUUUUGUGGUUACUGAUCAGCACUUUGAUAAUGGCAAACUUAAGCUCCGCUGCAGUGCUCAGCUGCAUGAUGUGUAUUGGAAGACGACAGAAAAGACCAUAUUGGAGGCGGAUCCGUUUGGCAAAUAUGGCGGCAAUGGGGCCAACGGGAAUCGCGUGAGUGCCGAUGAGAUAUAUGACCAGUAUACGCUGCACGAGGAUGAACAAUUUCACAGCAAGAAGAACAGUUACCUGACACAGCUGCAGGACUUUCUCUUUCAUUUUGUACCCUCAGGCGAAGAAGACGAUGUCGCCGAUGGUUUAGAGGAUGGCGGCGCGGCCUGGCGCGGUGUCAGCUCGUCGGCGUCCAGUCUUCAAACUGUGGCAGCAAAUGCUGCAACUGCAACUGGAACGCUGUUGGCGCUGCUCAGCUGGUCGCUGGCCGGGCAAUUAGUGUCGCAGCUGUUGCAGAUUACAAAGCACAGGCCCAUGCGGGAGGGCACAUACAAAACGCAGCGGCAGCAGCAGCAGCAGGUGGACGAACCGGAGCAGAGGCAACGCCUGCGGGCGCACAACUGCACGAGCAAAGGAUGCAGCAGAUGCAGCAGGCAAUUAACAUGAUUCAAUUGUCACGUAAUUCUUGUGCCACACUUCAGGGAGGGUCAAAAGGCAGCAGGCGGAGAUGCACCAGCGGCAGCAGCAGCAACAGAGGCAGGCAGCAAAGUAGGCUUCAGCCCUAGGCAACAGCAAGUAACUGCUAAAUGUAUCUAAAAUAUUUACACCCAAAUACACAGACACCAGUUUCAGCUAGCUCAAAGUAACUUCAAAGGCAUUCAAAACUAACAACAAACAUUGUGCAGAUACAUUUCUAUUCAUUUCAUUUUUCUAAAAAAUAGGCAAAAAUUGAACAAAAAGAAAUACUUAAAUUUAUCGAUAGGUUUCGAUAAGCAAACAGAUUAUUUUCUUUGCCGAGCCGAGCCAAUUACCCUGUUACACUUGCCUACAUACCUAAACGGAACCACUUGCGAGCUGGUUCUUUUUCUGAUUUAUACACUAUAAAAUAUAAACGAAAAAGAUUUGAAGAAAAUGUUGUGCUAAGCUUUUCACUUUAUUUCUUUACAAUUAAAUACAUAAACAAAUAUAUUUAUUUGUAUAACGAAAGUAAAAAUUAUUUAUGUAUGAGUAUAUAAAUGAUGGAUCUUUAUAUGUACCAUAUAAAGUUAUAUACAUUCAUACAUAUAAUCGUAUGUGAAUUAUGCCUAAUUGUAAUUUCACACACACAUACACACAAAUCCAAAAAGAGUAAAAUUUAAAGAAGAGCAAUUAAGUUAUAAGUAUAUAAAUACGCCUAUGUAUGUAAAAUCAUAUAUAUAUAUAUAAUUGUAUAUAAUAUAAAGCAAAACCAAAAAAAAAAGGAAAACGUAAAUUGUAUAAUUGAUAAGUAUUUACGGUAGAUAAUCAAAAA